AUGGUCGCCGAAAUAAUCACCACAAUCUCUCCCACGACCAACAAACCAAUCCUAACCCGACACGGCAAGUCACCAGAGGAGAUCCUGCGACUGGGAACCACCGCCCAAAGGGCCUUCAACUCCUACCGCCACUCCCACCCUACCCUCGAAUCCCGACAGCAGAUCGUGUCAAAAGCCCUCGAGAUACUGCUGCAGAGACAAGAUGCGCUCGCCCGCGAACUCACGGAGCAAAUGGGCCGGCCCAUCUCGUACACGGCCAAGGAAAUCACAACGGCAGUCAAGAGAGCGGAAUACCUGAACACAGUGGCGCCGGACGUUCUCGAACGAGACGCGACUAUCCACGGUGAAAAGGAGGCAGGGUUCAAGCGAUAUAUCACCCGCAAGGAACCCGUGGGUGUCGUGCUGGUCAUCUUCGCCUGGAACUAUCCGUACCUGAUCCUGGUGAACAGCUUGAUCCCCGCGCUGCUGGCCGGCUGCGCCGUGAUCCUGAAGCCGAGCCCGCAGACGCCGACCAUUGUGGAACACAUCGUCGACAUCUUCCAGAGUGCCGGCUUGCCGCAGAAUGUCAUCCAGCACCUACAUUGCGGGAGCCCCACGGAUCUCAAGCCCUUGAUCCUCUCACCGGAGGUCAACCACAUCUGUUUCACGGGCUCAGUGACUGCGGGGAUUGCCAUCCAGACACUGGCGGCUUCGCGCGUGUCUUGUUCCGUGGGGUUGGAACUCGGCGGCAAAGAUCCCGCCUACAUUCGCCCGGAUGUCGACGCAGCUUGGGCGGCGGAAGAAAUCGUCGACGGUGCGAUCUUCAAUUCCGGCCAGUCGUGCUGCGCCAUUGAACGUGUCUACGUUCACGAGGACAUUUAUGAUUCGUUCUUAAAGGAAGUCAAGAAGGUCCUGGAAGGAUACAGACUAGGUGAUCCCCUCGAAAAAUCUACCCACGUCGGGCCCGUGGUCUCGACCAGGUCGAAGGAGACAAUCGAGAAACAAGUGGCCGACGCCGUUGCCGCUGGAGCUGUGGAUGAGACGCCGCACAAUGAAACCUUCAAAUCCCCCGCUGGCCCCAAGGAGGGCAACUGGGUGGCGCCCGUGCUCCUCACAAACGUCAACCACAGCAUGUCCGUCAUGCGCGACGAGACCUUUGGACCCGUCAUCCCCGUCCAGAAGGUCUCCAGCGACGAAGAGGCGGUGCGACUGAUGAACGACUCGCAGUUCGGGCUCACGGCGUCGAUCUGGACAAAAGAUACAACAAGGGGCGAAGAGCUGUGCGGGUCGGUCGAGGCGGGGACCGUGUUUGUGAACCGCGCGGACUUUCCGAGCCCGGACCUCGCCUGGACCGGGUGGAAGGAUAGUGGCAAGGGCGUGACCUUGAGUAGAUUGGGGUUCGAGCAAUUUGUCAAGGUCAAGAGUUUCCAUGUCAAGAACUACCCGAAGUGA